UUCUUCUCAGUCCACACAAACACACGCGCGCACACACACAGAGAAAAGAAACUCAUGGAAACACUGGGAAGUAAGAGAAAAACAAGGGGAGGAGGUGGUUCUUCAGGGCAGGUCGGGUUCAGAUUCCACCCCACUGGGGAGGAACUGGUGGACCAUUACUUGAAGCUCAAGAAGCAGGACCAGGAUUUCAAAGCUGAAAACAUCCCUGAAAUCGAUGUCUGCGACUUCGACCCUGGGGAUUUGGCUGCUCUCAUGCCAUCCGACGAUAUGGAGUGGUACUUCUUCGGCCGAAAGGAUUAUAAGUACAAGAACAGCAAGCGGUCCAACAGAACCACACCAGGAGGCAACUGGAAAAUCACAGGCAAGGAGCGUGUGAUCAAGGCUCGGCGGUCCAAAGCUGUAAUUGGUAAGAAGAGGACCUUGACGUUCUACCGGCGUUGUGAGCCUAAACCGAAAAAAACCAACUGGGUCAUGCACGAGCACUAUCUCAUAGAUAGUGAAGCCAAUCCUAAACUGCCUCAGAAGGAUUUCGUUAUCUGUCGCAUGAAGAAAAAAUCUGAUGAGGAGGAUACCUCAAUCUGUGAAGUUGAACUUGGCAGCUGUAGUGUGUCUAAUGUUGAAGAUCAUGCUGCAGCUGUUGUGACUCCAGGGUCACAGGAUAACAGUUCCUCUACACUCCUAUCAUCAGGAUACAUAGAGCUGGAAGAUGUUCUGCAAGCCAAUGGCACUAAUGAUGAUUGUAAUGUAAUACAAUCACCAUUUGGAGAUAAUAAUUGUUCUUAUACCAAUAAGAAUGAUAUUUCAACCUGUGAUGAAGGUGAACCUCAUAGUUUCACCGUAUCUGAUUUCGAAAAUGAAACUCCAUAUGAUAUGUGUCAGGAGUUAUGUGCUCAGUCACAAAAAGACAUGAAUUCACUCUGGUUACAUGUCGCACAAGAGUCACCAACAUAUGUUAUAUCCAAGAAUAAUGUUUCUACCAGUAAUGACGAUGAAAAAUUUAGGAACACCGUUUCUAAUUCUGAAAAUCAAGCUACGAAUAAAAGGAUUUCAGAGGUAUGUUCUCCACCAGAAGAAGAUCUGGAAUUUUUCUUUUAUCCACCUCAACUAGAGGACUACACAUUGUAGCCGCCAAUGAAAACAACAGUGGGAGAUGUUUUGCAUGACAAUAACUAUAUUGCAUGCAGUGAGUUUCAAUCCUGAAUCUGAAGCUAAUGACUUUUUUCCCACGAAGUUCUUGAAUAAGGUUAUAGUUAACUAUGGUUAUUAGUCCUAUGUAGAAGUAACAUAAACUUAUUUUGAAUGAUUACAAGCUACCGAAGUGCAGUAAGGAGUGGUACAAACACCGAAGUAGUGCCAUGGAUGUGUAAAAUGCCUUUAUGCAUUAGCUAAAGGAGACUAGUAAAGAGGCCCUUUGAAUUAGGCAUGGAAGAGGUAGCUAGAAGUAACUGAAAGCGUUCUUUCAAGUUCCCAGAAAUAUCUCCCUCAAGUCGUUAAUCAAGUCCCCCAUGGAAUAAUGUUUCAACCAAGCUAUAAUGCUAGCCUUGUUGGCAAUGCUUUUGUUUGUUCUGCAGCUGUUGCCGCGUGGCUGCUGUAGUAUCUAUCAGUUUGCAUAUUAGCGUUACUUGAGAUGUAUUUUUGUUAUAUUUGGAAUGAUUAUCAAAACAUAUGGUUGUAGUUUAAGGUCUUGAACCUUUUUGUAAGUAUCCUUGUGUAUUGUUUAUCAGAACCUCUUAACUUUGAA